AUGAACGAGGGGUUCCCUGGGCUUACUAGGGAUGCGGUCGAGGUUGUUGAAGAAGGUAAUACGCGGUUUAUGAGCCACGAGGGAGGACGGUACACCAGCGACCCCGACGGAAAAGCAGCUCGCACCACUUCCUCGGGCACCGGAGAGAGCCUCGACCGGAAGAUCUCAGUCCACCAUCUCGGAGAGCAGCCGUACACGGACUCGAUGGAACGUUGA